AUGACCCUUUUGUACCAGCCCAUUUCUAGAACCUUCGGGCAGAGAGACGGAUGUCUUACUCCAAGCAACCACGAGGAGUCUCUUAAGCUCAAGAACAACUCCAACGCAAGCAUAAAGACAACUUUGGGCUCCAAUCACGAGAUUCUUUCACCUCCAGCAUCACCAUAUCAAAGACACGAGAAUGCUUACACGGUAGCGCCUGCCACCCUGUCCUCGGGAUGCGUGCCUAGAGCCCUGAAGGUGUACAUGGACAACUCCAGGCCCUUCAAGCUUGAGAACUACAAGAGCUACGUGCUAACAGUGAGUCCAUGGAACGACGUGAAAAACAACUACAAGGCCCGUCAAAUGAAUUUUUUGCGCCAGUACCAGGCGGUGUCGAAGGAGCAGCAGAACGCUCAGCUGUUAAGGUUGGCAGAGAAGCGCGCUGCUGCGGCGGUGACGAAGAAGAGACGUCUUGAAGUUAACAGGAGACACACCACGUCUGAUUCGGACUCGGACGCUAGUGAGAAGGUGAGAACUCGCAGAAUUGUCAGGGAGAACCUGGCUGCACUUUCUGAAAUUGAUAUGGACAGCUCGAGACCACACCUGCCUUCUCCUAAGAAGAGGAAGGUGAAGAAGGAGCUGUCUUAUGCUAGCUCGCCAUUGGCAGCACAGCAGGCAGCUCUCAUUGACGAGUCGAUUCCAGACUACUCGCCAGACCCUGAGCUGACGCUCCCUAAGGGCAACAACCGCAGCCUCAAGAUCGAAUGGAAGGGCCAACCAAUGGACUUGAGAAACGAUCCUCAAGUUGAUAAGUUGCAUCCAGCUGAAGUGGUGUUGGCCUCAACCUUGCGUUUGCCUGCCAAUGUUUACUUGGACUCUAAGAGACGUCUUUUCUUUGAGAAGGUCAACAGAAUGCGCAACGACAUGCCUUUCAGAAGGACAGACGCCCAGAAGGCGUGCCGCAUUGAUGUUAACAAGGCCAGCAGACUCUUUGCUGCGUUUGAGAAGGUCGGCUGGCUUGACGAUAAGAACUUUGUGAAGUAUCUUUAA